AUGCACCUUUCAACUAUUUCAACUAAUAUCCAAUUGGCAUUACGCUCAAUAGAUGAUCUCGAUAAAUUGAAAGAGCUACCCCAAGAAAUAGAAGUACUUGAGUUAGUAAGAAGAAAAAGAGUAAUAACAGGAAAAGAUGUAAUAGGAAUUAAUGUCGAAAAAGAAAUAAAAAUAGAGCAAUUGUCUUGCUUAAUAAAUGUGAUUUGGGAUACACAUUUAAGUACUCAAGAAAGAAAUUCCUUCGACAAACUUGCUAAUAAUAUGAUGAACAAAUUUAAUAAUGAAGAAACACUUUUCCUAGUUGCGCGAAUAAAUGUACCUCAAGAAAUGAAAUUACCUCCUGGCAUACCAGGUGAAUUUUAUAAAGGAUAUACAAACUUUGGCAACGACGACAACGACGAUGAUCUCAACGUUAAUCUCGAACGCCUUAUUUUUACAUCCGUAUUUUCAGAACCAUCAGAUUUUCAAUGGCCUUAA